ACCGUAUUUCCAUUUUCAUAAUUACUUUGAUUUGCUUCACUUGUGCCGAGGGUUUUUCCGAAACAGCCUGUCUCUCCCCAAGGUCUGCGUAUACUACCCUCCCCAGAUCCCACUUGUGAGAUUACACUAGGUGUGUUUUUGUUGUUGCCUCAUAGAAGUAAUUGCUUAAAAGUUCUAAGGUGGAUCGAGGGCAGGUUCUGUCGGAUCAACUGAACCUAUUAGCUUCGACUUAAACUAUGUGUACAUAUAAAAUAAAUUGAAAUGUAUGCAGAGGUAAGAUGUUGUUGCUUGGCACCCGCUUCCUUCUUUGUUCCUUCGACUUCCAAAUUUAGGUGUGGCCAUGUGGUACUGCUUGCAGAAAUAUGCAUGAAUUUAUUUUCUCGUUUUCCUAAACUGAAAUUUGUAAUGCAGUAGUUUAAUACUCAUGAUGGAAAUCUAAUGGAAGGCUUGUUGCAAUAUUCUUUGUAUUAAGCUGCUUGAUACAUCAUACUGGUGCUUACAGCUUGUGGCAGAUCCAACUAUAGGUUCUGAAGUUCUGCAGAACCUAGUUUUUCAGGAAAAUCUUAUGUGUGUGCGUGUGAAAAACAAGUUAUUUGCUACAACGGUGUAAAUGAUAAAUUUAUAUGUUAUAUAGUUAUACGUAGUACUUUGGGAGCCUAGAGCAGUGGCCUUACCAUUGAGCGACUCUGUGACGGUCAUGGCAGACUAUACUCUUAAAUGCAUUCUUGUAGCAGCUAAGGAUCAUAAGGAACUGGGAUCAACUGCAGAUGAUUUUUAGGCCUACCUGUCACACCAAAUUUAUCAGUAAUGUCAAGUUCAUCUCCUGAUGGGAGUUUCCAAUCAAAAUGUUAUAGCAAUUGUGCAAGUGGACGUUCAAUAUCAGCUAGACCAAAUAACAUGCCAGGGCAUAUCCUUCUUCUAGCACCAAAUAGCAAAAAGUGAGUCAUUCCCCAUGUGAUCAACCGUUGAAUCCACAAAUCUCUCGGGAUGAAACUUCUCAGCUUCAGCCCAUUGCUUUGGAUCUCUGCCAAUUGGCCACAUCUUAACGAUGACUUGUCGACUUGGCUGGAAUUUUGUAUCCAUUGGUUUCACUAGGCUCCCGGCUUUCCCUUGGAAGUAAUAAGGGAAGUGGAGGGUGAAGCCUCAUGUUUUCUUUGAGAAUUGCCUGAAAGUAUUGCAGUUCACAGAGAGGCCUCGUUCUGCAACAUUCCCUUUAUCGUGAAAUGCCUCUCUCGUUUCAGGUUGUGCUAUUUUCAACACAACUUGAUUUUUAAGCAAUUCAACCACUGCCCACUCCACUGUCGUUGCUGAUAUACUGCUACCAGCUGCAAAAAUGUCCUGAAAGAGAGACAACAGACAUAAAAAUCCAAUCUUGGAUGCUGCAAAAGAUACAAGUUUAAAUUUUGGAUUCGCGUACUGAUGACCGCGCAUACCAUGAGGACUGCUUUGAUAUUGUCAUGCGUCAAUGGAACUUCAAGAUUGCCUCCUUUUUGAAUUCUUAGAACAACAUCGAUGAGGACAGUUUUCUUGUUUCUUGCUCAGUUUUGGUGUAGGUUUUUUCUUACUAUGCUCAUUAAUAAUAUGUUCUAGUAUUGCAUCAGUUCUUUCAUGAACUUUCUCAACCUUAUUACUCAUGCCACUGAUUUUCUCCGGUAGUUUGAUUGAAGGGCAACUUUAAGUAGCAAAAUUCCUAGCUUCUGAUAUAUAUUUGCCUGGGCAUAACUCUAAAUAGGCCUUUGGACAUGAACAUGAUCUGAAUCGAAAUGCUUACUUAGAGUUUGUGAGUUCAGAAUGAACGUGAUCUUAUUACAUGUGUAUAUAUUGUAAAUAUUUUUGUGCAUAUACAUAUGUAGUUCGAGUGGAAAACAACGAGUUCAUUUGGACAUACGCCCAUGAUUCACCAGUAUGUUUAAAUUGGAAAAGAAACAAAUAAAAACUUGUGCCUUUUCAGUUCUACGGAGCUUUUGGAAUCUUGAGAACGCAUCCUUAAACCGGACACAAUGAAAUUUUGGACAUCUCAACAGGUUAGAUCUCUUGAUUUUAAGCUUUUCACAGUAUCUCCCUACAGGUAUAGUCGUAGUUUAACUGUAUAUUAUGCUAUUGAAUUCAGGAUUAAGUUACGACUUUACUGAGGGUUAUCCAUUCAGACUAAAAAUAACAAGUUGUUAUUUAGGAGAGUGACAUUUAACCUUACUGAUAAGUAUUGUUCAUCUUUAAUUUCUUUAAACACUAUGCUUCUUUCAACAAAAGAUACUUAGGCUUUAGUGAAUUGAACUCCAAGUUUUGGUUAUUACUUCACACUGAUGCAAUCGUAACUAAUUUGGAAACACAUAUAUAUGUGAAACAUUCAGCAAAGAUGUUAACAACAUAUCUUAACAGUAACAAUGAUCAGGAGGACCAAUUUCUUAUUAGCAUUUUCGGUUUACGUGUGUAUUUGCAGGGCAAAAGACACUGAUAAUCUGUAUGAUGUUUGUCCUACUGAUACAACACACAAAAACGUCUUUAUAAAUGGCUAUCCAUGCAGGAAUCCAGCAGAAAUUACUGCUUCUGAUUUCAAAAGCUCUACGUUGAGCAAGGAAGGUGACACAGAUAACUUUCAACGUUCAUCAACAACAUUAGUCACUGCUGCAGAAUUUGCAGGACUCAACACUCUCGGGUUAUCUGUUGCCAGGACUGACCUGGAUAUAGAUGGCGUGGUAAUGCCACAUGCUCAUCCACGAGCGUCCGAGAUGAUGUUUGUUGGCAAAGGAGUGCUGAAAGCAGGAUUUAUAGACACGAAAAGGCAAGUGUUCGAAAAGACUCUUAAAGAAGGCGAUGUGUUUAUCGUCCCUAGAGGACUUCUUCAUUACACCUUGAAUUCUGGGUUCGAAUUGGCCACAGUAUACUCAGUGCUAAGCAGCCAGAAUCCUGGCUUGCUGAGUAUAUCAGAUGCAAUGUUUGCACCAGUUUUUUCGGAUCCCAUGAAGGAGCUGAUGAAGAAGCUGUUUUCGCGUUCAAUGUUUGGGAUGAACCAGAUGAAAAAUGUGACAUUGUUUCGUUAAUAGGCUUUAUGACAGUCAUCGCGAUAUAUAUAUAUAUAUAUAUAUAUAUAUAUAUAUAUAUAUAUAUAUAUAUGUACUUCUGUAUGACUUCUGAAUAUCGUCUUCUCUUGAACUUUCAAUUGUUUCGUUAGUAUAUGAUCUUGUCGAAUUAUCCAGUUAUAUAUUGCUUCUGUGCAACAAUCCAGUGAAAAUAGUGCUAACUGUGUUUGUGUGAACUGUUCACAUCAAAAAGAUAGUUCACUGUAUGAAGCAUUUCGCUUCGCGAAAUUCACAGGGAAUUAUAAGGUCGCAUCUCAAGGGGGUGUGACGUAGGCAACCUAUCCUGACGCUAGGCCUAUGAUGAAAUUCCACGGCUCAAACCGGUGAUCUAUAGGUUACACUGAGACACUUUAUCAGUGUCAUUGUCCUCAUUGUCUCUUUGUCAUGAUUUUGUCUAGACAUAAUAAUAAAUAAGAAUAAGAAAUAAAAUAAGACUUUGAUUUAUUUCUUGGUCGUCACUCAUAUUCCACUCCCAGUAACAAGAUGUUUACAUCACUUGUAAAAUAUCGGAAUGGAUAAGAUUCCUUCGAUCUUAA